AUGCCGCCAUUCAUGGCUAUUGGCUUGUGCUCUUUCGGCGCCGUCGCAGGCGUCAGGUGCAAAUCUUGGCAACACUUCAGCCCUUGCUUGUACACUUUUAAGUGUUGGACAGGUUGUGACCUUCUGGGAGGGGAAAUUGUCGACACCAAGAAUUAUACAUUCUUCACUGGGAAAUGGGAGGCAACGUCAGAAGGUGACAUAAGGCACUGGACCAAGUUUCCAUCUUUCUCUCCCCUCCUGAGCCAAGUAGAAGUUGAUGGGGGCAGAUCUCUCGACCUAAGUAACUAUCCAUACAUAUUCAUGAGAUGGAAGGAGCAGUACUUUGUGAGUGUUGGAACAGACUGUGGGUUGACUAUUGCUGGUUUCUACUAUGUUUGCUUCUCCUGUAGCGAUGGCUCCAUCAAUGGCUUCUACUGUGAUCCUAAUAGCAGCCCAUUUCAGAAACUUGAGCUGAAAACGACGAAUGAAGGAAGAUCAGGGUUCAGCUUUUCUUCCAGGGGUGCAUUUGCGCCUAGUAGACUGUGAAAACACUCUAUCAAGUGCUGAUGAUUACCCGUCUGCUUAUGUUGUUGUAUUUGCCGUCUGCUUAUAAAGCUCGUUUAUGGAGACUAGUCUUCAUCCAUUGUUACUGCAGUAUAUGUGUGUGUGUGGGUAAAUUUCAUACAUGUACUACGUGGUGGUUUGAUGCGAUGAUUAUAGGUCCACCAACCAUUGUCGAUCACAUGUUAGAAUCUCGAUGGUUAUGUACUACAUGAUAAAUUUCAUACAUGUAUUAUGUGUGUGUGUGUGUGAUUUGAUGCGAUGAUUAUGGGUAAAGACUAGUCUUCUUUUCUCU